UUUGAGGCUCAACUCGAAGCCACCAUGAAGCUGCUCCUGCUUCUCAGCUUGGUAGCCCUGGCCCAGUGCCAUGGCCAUAGGAUCUCUCUGCGGCGAGGGAAGUCCAUGCGGCAGGUCCUGGAGGAGAAGGGCUUGCUGGACCACUACCUGAAGGAGCACCCCUACAACCCGGCCGCCAAGUUCCUGGCCGCUGGCACCUCCACUGAGCCCCUGCAGAACUACAUGAAUGUUGAGUACUUUGGCACCAUCUCCAUCGGUACCCCAGCCCAGGAAUUCACCGUCCUCUUCGACACCGGCUCCUCCAACCUGUGGGUGCCCUCCGUGUACUGCUCCAGCCAGGCUUGCAGCAACCACAACCGCUUCAACCCAUCGGCUUCCUCCACCUACGUUGGCACCAAUGAGACCGUUGAGAUCGCCUACGGCACUGGCAGCAUGACUGGCAUCCUGGGCUACGACACCGUCGGCGUUGCAGGCAUCAACGUUGUCAACCAGAUCUUUGGUCUGGCUGAGACCGAGCCAGGCGAUUUCUUCUACUACACCCCCUUCGAUGGCAUCCUGGGUCUGGCUUACCCAAGCAUCUCCUCCUCUAAUGCCACUCCCGUCUUUGACAACAUGAUGUCAGAAGGUCUUGUGACUGAGGACCUCUUCUCCGUCUACCUGAGCAACAACGACCAGAGCGGCAGCUUCGUCCUCUUUGGUGGCAUUGAUUCCGACUACACCACAAACGGCAUCACCUGGAUCCCCCUCUCUUCUGAAUCCUACUGGCAGGUCACCAUGGACAGCGUCACCGCCAGCGGCCAGGCCAUCGCCUGCGCUUCCGGUUGCCAGGCCAUCGUGGACACCGGCACCUCGCUCCUGGCUGUGCCCAACAACGCCCUGAACAACAUCAUCGCCAGCCUUGGUGCCAACUCCAGUCAGAUCAGCUGUGAUGCCAUCAGCACAUUGCCCACCAUCUACUUCAACCUCAAUGGCAACGGGUUCCCAGUGCCACCCAGUGCCUACGUGAUACAGAGUGAUGGAUACUGCAGCCUCGCCUUCGAAGGCUUGGACAUCCCCACCGAGUCUGGCGAGCUCUGGAUCCUCGGAGACGUCUUCAUCCGCGAGUACUACGUGAUCUUCAACAGGGGCAACAACAUGGUGGGACUGUCCCCGCUGUCCUAAGCGCUCCGCCAUGCCGGGGACAGGCAGCGCAUCCCACUGCCACCGCGUGCCCAGCUUGGUGGCUGGCCCUUGACCAGCACUGCCUUCCCCUCCUGCCACAGCCACCGAGCACAAUAAAGCCGUGGAGAAGUAUCUCUGUGUUGUGUCUCUCUGGGAAGGGCUGGCUGGGUCGCUCUGGGGCAGAGAAUCAUGGAAUGUCUCGGGCUGGAAAAGACCUCAAAGCCCAUCUAGUUGGACCCCUUCCAUGGGCAGGGACACCUGCGACAGGAUCAGGGCCUCCAAGCCCCAUCCAAACUGGCCUUCAACACCUCCAGGGAUGGAGCAGCCAACACUGCUCUGGGCAA